AUCUACAAUGGUGGGGAGUGUGGUGUGUGUGAUGGACUGGGCUACAUGUACAAUGGUGGGGAGUGUGGUGUGUGUGAUGGUCUGGGCUACAUCUACAAUGGUGGGGUGUGUGGUCUGUGUGAUGGACUGGGCUACAUCUACAAUGGUGGGUAGUGUGGUGUGUGUGAUGGACUGGGCUACAUCUACAAUGGUGGGGAGUGUGGUGUGUGUGAUGGACUGGGCUACAUCUACAAUGGUGGGGAGUGUGGAGUGUGUGAUGGACUGGGCUACAUCUACAAUGGUGGGGAGUGUGGUGUGUGUGGGACUGGGCUACAUCUACAAUGGUGGGGAGUGUGGAGUGUGUGAUGGACUGGGCUACAUCUACAACUCUCUGCAAUCUUGCGAUCUUGGGGAGAGUUGUUCCUAAACCAAACCGUGAUGCAACCUGUAAAUAAAUGAUACAGUAAGGCGGGGUUAGUGAUGCUAACCUAUAUAUGAUUGGUUGCAUGCAUAAACCAAUCUACACAACCCAACACACUUUUCAUGGUGCAUUCUACGAAUUUUAUAUGUAACAUCUAUCCCAAAUAAUCCACAUUCCCUGGUGAACACAUCUGGCUCACUACGGGAAAGACUUCUUGUCCUGGGCAAGGCAUGGGUGGUUGACCAAGGUGCUGCCUGCAAGCUGGAACAUCAACUCGGUGGAGGGAUUGGAGGAGUUGGGCAAAGAUGCUGAAGAGAAGAGCUGAUCCAGGGGUUCACAGUGGUGGCACAUUUGGAUGGAGAACCUCUUCCAUGUGACUAAUGAGCCAUUAUCAGGGAGUAAUUGGCAGACUCAUAAGAGGCAGUGAUGAGGAUACAAGUUUUCAUCCGGACCAAGAACCUGACAGGACAGUGCAAUGAAACUCCCAAAGGUCCUGGUUGUGCACUCAGUGGAGGCUUGAUGGGGUUGGGGGCACAGAUCAAGUGUGGUGCUGAACAGGAGCUGCACCAGGACAACGGGCUGAAUGGCCUCUGAUGGCUCUGCGAUUCUCAUUACUAGCGUGAAGUGUUCACUCACAGCUGCCUGUGAGCAGACAAGGAACUCACACCCCAUCCAGUCUUCUCCCUCCUUCACCCACUCAACUCCCAAUCCUAGCGGUUUACUUGCUGAAGGUGUCGGGUCGUGGAAUUGGAAAGGGGAAUGGAAUAGUUUGACGGGUUAACGUGGGUAGAGACACGGGAUGGGCCCGGGCAGAAUGAAGGUGGUGUAAAAAUAACCAUCACGUUCGCUCAACCACCAAUGACAAAGCCCGCACAAAGUGGAAGUGAAACAUAGACUUGGAUUUCUAGUCGCGACGCAGUCAGCUCAUCGCCAUUUGUCGGCUCAUCGCCACUUAUUCUUGUUACACACUGUACCAGGAUGGGAAGCGAUUAUUCAAAGGACGACUGCGUUCACAAUCCACCAAUGAACGAGCGGAACCUGAAGUACCUGAAGGAUUACCUGAUCAACUACAACCUUCCCGCUGGGCAUGAGGGUUACAUCAACAUCCUGCUGUACGGAAUGGUAGCGGCUGGGAAAUCUUCCAUCAUCAACACCUUCCUCUCGGCUCUGGAUCCAGAUGGGAGGACCGUGAUAAGUGUCCCGACCGGGAUGAAUGGCGACUCUCUCACACAGGAGCUGAGAACCUACAAGUUGGCGAAGUUAAAGUUUUGGGAUGCAGCCGGAUGGAAUGCAAUGGUGAAGCCGUAUCAGAAACCGAAAGUGCUUCUUCGCAUGAUACUGGAGGGAAGAAUUCCCAUAGGAACAAACCUGCACGAUUUCAAUCCGACCUUUCCUGAAGAGUAUCCAGUAAUUCCGGGAAAUGCCAUUCACGGAGUUGCUUUCAUUUUUGACAUGAUCACUGUGGAAAACAUCAGUGGGGAUAAAAUGAAGCAUUUUCAGGAAUUACAGACCAUCGCAGCACAGAAAUGUGGUCACAGGGUUGUGAUUGGGACCAAGUUUGAAAAGUUAGCGAUAAAGGAGAAGAACCAUGCGUGGAUUUAUGAAUACAAGCCCCUGCAGCAGAAGGUAAUAAUCUGUUGUGUCGGGAGUAAAGAUAUUAUGACAGCAAAGGUCCAAUCAUCCACUAUUCCUGGAACUUGCAAAUGUUCUGGUUUCUUGGAUGUUCCUCCUAUUAAUACCCAGACAAACUGUGAUUGAAUACAUAACAGUGAACAAAGAAGAAUACAGCACAGGAACAGGCCCUUCGGCCCACCAUAUGUGUGCUGAUUAACAUGAUGUCAGUCUAACUAAUCCCAUCUGCCUGCACACGGUCUAUAUCCCUCUGAUCCCUGCGUUUGUUAAAUGCCUUUUAAACAUUGCUGCCAUAUCUGCUUCCACCACCACCCCUGGCAGCAUGUUCCAGAUAGUCACAAUGCUAUGGAUAAAAAACAUGCCCCACACAACUUCUUUCAACUUUGUCCCACUCAGCUUAAAGCUCUGCCUCUAGACCUUGACAUUUCCACUUUGGGGAAAAAGGUUCGGACUGUCUACCCUGACUAUGCGGCUAAUUGUUUUAAACACUUUCAUCAGGUUGCCUCACCUUGUGCACCCUCUCACAAGACUCCACAGCUUUCUGUUAAUCGAGUGGCUGGAACAUCACACAAUACUACAAAAGCAGCAAAACCAAAGUUGUAUAUAACUGCAACAUGACUUGGGCAACUUUCACCCUCAGCACCCUGACUGUUGAAGGCUAGUAUGCUGUACACCUUUACUGCCCUAUCUAUGUGUGUUCACACUGUCAGGGAACUAUGGACAUGGAUCCCAAGAUCACUGUACAUCAAUGCUCUUCAUGGUGCUGACAUGUCAUGUCUACUCUUCUCUUACAUUUCAUCUCCCAAAUGUAACAUAUGUCUGGAUUGAACUUUGGCUGCCAUUUCUCUGCCCAUUUUUCCAACUGAUCUACAUUCUGCUGUAUCGUUUAACAACUUUCCUCCCCAACCACAAUUCCACAAUAACACCCCUCCACCACUACUGUCUGCCUUAUUUGGCCAAGCCAAAUUUGAAUUCCAUCUACCAAGUGUCCAGGCAUGUCAUAUACCUAGUUCCCUAAUUAGUUCUUGCUUUCUUUAUAUUCCCCAAAGGUCUUGUCCUAAACCUUACUUAUGCUUCUUCCUCUUGCCAUUGUCUUUUCACUGAGCAUGAUCAUUCAAAUUGACAAGAUU